AUGCAAACUAGUGGCAGUGGAACGAAUUUCUCCUCUUCUUUUGAGCAAAAGAAUACACCCCUUAUAAACUAGAUGAUCAUGGCAUCCAGUCCUCGGAAUGUUUUCCUACAAGGUGGAAAUACAACAGAAUUUAGUGAACCAGUACUGAAGUUGAGAAGACUACCCUUUAGUGCCCCAUUAGGAUCACCAUAUAUAAAGGCUGCUGACCGUCCCCGUGCCCCUAUUUCUUGCUCGGCAGUAGCUGAUAAAAUGCCAGCAACAGUUGGGGGUGCACUUGACUCCAAUUCCCUAACUACUAGACGGUUAAUGACUCAGACAUUCAUUGACCAAGCUGAACUGAUGACAGUUUCUAGUACAGGAAAAUUCGGACGGUUUGGGGGAAAGUUUGUGCCCGAGACGUUAAUAUCUUGUUUGAGCAAGCUUGAAGCCGAAUUCAUCUUGGCUUUGCAUGACGAAAAUUUUCAGGAAGAGCUUGCAACAGCAUUGAGGGAUUAUGUGGGCCGAGAAAGUCCGCUGUAUUUUGCUAAGAGGCUGACAGACUAUUACAAAAACAGUGAAGGAAAAGGGCCAGAGAUUUAUUUGAAAAGGGAGGAUCUUGUGCAUACAGGAGCUCACAAGAUCAAUAAUGCCAUAGCACAAGCAAUGCUUGCAAAGCGAAUAGGCAGGAAAAGAAUAGUGGCAGCCACCGGCGCCGGUCAGCAUGGUGUUGCCACAGCUGCUGCAUGUGCUAAACUUUCUCUUGAGUGCACGAUAUUCAUGGGAAGUGCAGACGUUGGAAGACAGGGGGCGAAUGUGCUGCUGAUAAAAAAUCUUGGUGCUCAGGUUAAAGUUGUGGAUGGAAGCUUCAAGGAUGCAAUGUCUGAAGCAAUCCGGAACUGGGUAGGAGAUCUGGAGACGAGCUAUUUCUUGUCGGGCACUGCCGUAGGGCCUCACCCCUGUCCAACCAUCGUUCGCGAAUUCCAAUCUGUAAUUGGAAAAGAAACCAGAAAACAGGCAGAAGAAAAGUGGGGUGGCAAGCCAGAUGUGCUGGUGGCCUGUGUAGGGAGUGGAUCAAAUGCACUGGGGAUGUUCCAUGAAUUUAUUAGAGAUGAAGAUGUGAGAUUGAUUGGAGUUGAGGCAGCUGGGGUUGGAUUAGAUUCAGGUGCACAUUCAGCAACCUUGGCUAGAGGAGAUGUAGGUGUUUACCACGGGAGCAUGAGCUACUUGUUGCAAGAUGAGGAAGGCCAAAUUAUUGGACCACAUUCCAUUGGAGUAGGCUUGGAAUAUCCAGGAGUCAGCCCAGAAUUGAGCUUUCUCAAGGACAAUGGACGUGCUGAAUUUUACGCAGUCACGGAUGAUGAAGCUUUAGAUGCUUAUCGAAGACUUUGUCAAUUAGAAGGAAUAUUCCCCGCCUUGGAAGCUUCUCAUGCACUUGCUUAUCUCGAAAAACUUUGUCCCGGUUUAGAAGACGGAGCCAAGGUGGUCGUUAAUUGCAGCGGCCGUGGAGACAAAGAUGCUGCAACAGUCUAUAAGCAUAACGAAGAACGGGUGUGAGCCACAAAUAUAUGGCUCAAUUUCUCUAGUUUAAAUCCAAAACAGAAAUCUUCGUGAUCAAAUACUUGACAAAAUAUGUCAAAAUAUAUGCAGAUCAUACGUGGAAAGUUAGUUGACUGGUUCAAUAGAUAGAAAAUAAAAAAAAGUACGGAUACAAAAUGGCAUUGAGCAAAAUCUUUGUGAACUAUUGAUGCCAUUAACCCAAUAACUUAGGCUUCGCUUGGAUUAGCUGUGUUUUGGGAGUGUUUUUGAAAUAUAUUAUGAUUUAAAAUUUUAAUGAAUACUUUUAAAAUUUUAUAAAA